AUGAAAAGAGCUGACUUUGUUAAGAUGAUGAAAGGCGAAUUCUCGCUAAUUCUCACUAGUGUCAACGAAAAAGACCUAAGGAGCAUUGCUCAAGGAAUGGUGAAGAUUAUACCGAAAUUGUCGGAGGCAAAAGGCAUAGUUCUCGUCGUGACAGACGCAAUGGCAGUGAAAAUGUUGAGAGAUCUGUCUACGGGAUACAAUCCAGGAGACCGCACUGAGAAUGAUCUUCGUAAAAGCGCUGCUCAUGGUUAUCCUGCAAUGUCCUCCAUUGUUCUCAAUGUUCGUAAACGUAACGGCAAGACACGCGUUCAUCCGUCUCGCCUAUUCAUGCGCCCUCUAACAUCCAUUGGCGAAUGUACGCAGGCCGACUUCGACGCAGACAACUACAGAGCUAAAUAG